UGAACGGAAGAGAUUCGAGAAUUAUCGCAAAGAAUUAUAUUAUAAUAAUAUAAAAAAAGAAAAGAAAGCAGAGAGAGAGAGAGGUUGGAAAAAGAAAAGGGUUGAGGUGAAAAUCGAGGAAAAGGAAGAAGGAAUGAGUGCUACUACUACUCUCUCUCUGACUCUCGUGGGUGUUGCUUCUUCUUAUUAUUCUUCCAACCCAAACCCUAAUUUCAAUGCCUUCUUCUCCUCCAACAAGCUUAAACUCAAACCAACCCUCUCCACUAGAACCACGUGGCUUUGUGGACAUGUGAAUAGAGAUCAAGAUUACCAAGUUGAAAAUGGUUUAGGGUAUUUUGAUUCCGAGGAAGAAGUAGGCAGUCUUGUUCGAAAUCAGGUUCAAACUAUCGUCGAAGGAUCAGGCUCCACCAGGCCAUCAUCAGACUACGACCCUGCUCCUGAUGUUGAUUAUCUACAGGAGUUAUUGGCCAUUCAACAACAAGGACCUAGAACUAUUGGCUUUUUUGGAACACGGAACAUGGGAUUCAUGCACCAGGAACUGAUUGAGAUUCUUAGCUAUGCUAUGGUUAUAACUAAAAACCACAUAUACACAUCUGGAGCAUCUGGGACAAAUGCAGCUGUUAUCCGGGGUGCUUUAAGAGCAGAGAAACCAGAAUUGCUUACAGUUAUAUUACCCCAAAGUUUAAGCAAACAGCCUCCUGAGAGUCAGGAGCUGUUAUCCAAGGUGAAAAAUGUGAUAGAGAAGCCCCAUAAUGAUCAUCUACCUCUAUUAGCAGCCAGCAGGCUAUGUAAUAUGGAUAUCAUUUCACAUGUCCAGCAAGUCAUUUGCUUUGCUUUCCAUGACAGUAGGUUGCUGAUGGAAACUUGUCAAGAAGCAAAAAAUAUGCGGAAAAUUGUGACUCUCUUCUACCUUGACUGAGGCAAUUUUUAUCCAUGUGUAUACAUUAUUUCUCUGCGUAAGUAGGGGUUGGGAGGGUAGUGCUUAUUUUUAGUUUUGUAAUUAUAGUAUUUCAUUAUUGCUUUAACUCGACUCUUUAAAGUUUAGUUAGAAAGGUAAACUUUAUUGCAUUCUUCGAGAAUUUCCAUUUUAAAACUUAGGACGUUGUCCUAUAAUUUACUCAA